AUGGCCCUUGCUAGCACCAGUGUCGUCCUGGGAGGACGAGCUUACAAAUAUGGUUGCUGCCGGUGUUUCUGUCCUCAGUGUGAGCUUCAGUUGCUCCUGCCUCUCCAGGAGGCUCUCCAAGAUCAGCAGUUGAUACACAUGCGCAGUGGCUUGCCGGCCAACUGCCGGAGCCUCGGCGCCUGCGCUGAGGUUCGCUCCGCAGGCGGCCGGGAGCGGCCACCAUGGAAUGCAGAUUUUAAAGGGGUCCGGAUGGAGUUUUUAACAGUAUAG